GCUUUGUUUUUGUUCCGUUUCGUUUUCGUCUCGUCGACUCGUCGUCCGUCAUCGUCCACCCUGGCCUCCUUCGGUCCUCUCGGGCGCCUCGCCCCUCUCGUGCUCUGCCCAAUCAGCUCGUCCUCUCCCUCCCGAGAAACACCAAAAUCCCCCGCCAAGCAGCCCUACAGCCACAUUCCCGUGGGAUUAGGUGGUAGAGAAGCCGAAAACCGGAGUCAGAGGCACCAAUCAGGUGCCGCGUUGGUCCACCCGUCCCAAUCCCUGCCGGAAACCGGAAUCCGGCCGCUCGGCUCGUAAUUGCGGCGUCUAGAGGAGCGGCCGGCGGCGAGGAGGGAUGGGGGGAGGGGGGGAAGGGGCCUCCGGGCCGGAGCUGUCGACGGACAACGUGAAGGGGAUAGUCCUGGCGCUGCUCUCCAGCGGCUUCAUCGGCGCCAGCUUCAUCAUCAAGAAGAAGGGCCUCCGCCGGGCCGCCGUCGCCUCCGGUGUCCGCGCAGGUGUCGGCGGGUACUCGUAUCUCAUGGAGCCCCUGUGGUGGGUUGGCAUGAUCACUAUGAUCGUGGGAGAGGUUGCCAAUUUCGUGGCAUAUGCCUUCGCCCCUGCUGUGUUGGUUACUCCACUUGGAGCACUCAGCAUAAUUGUUAGUGCAGUGCUGGCUCAUUUCAUUCUUAAUGAGAGGUUGCAUGCCCUCGGGGUGCUCGGCUGCGUGAUGUGCAUAGCUGGGUCUGUGGUCAUUGUUAUCCAUGCUCCGCAGGAGCAGGAGAUUACAUCGGUUAGGGAAAUAUGGAACAUGGCAACACAACCUGCUUUCUUGUUAUAUGUUGCUUCAGUUAUUGUGAUUGUUUUUGUCCUGGUGUUCUAUUUCUCCCCUCUAUAUGGGCAGUCCAAUGUGUUGAUCUACACCGCCAUUUGCUCUUUAAUGGGUUCUCUUUCGGUCAUGAGUGUUAAAGCUCUUGGCACAUCGUUAAAGCUGACUUUCGAAGGGACAAACCAAUUAAUAUAUCCUGAGACUUGGUUCUUUAUGCUUGUUGUGGCUACUUGUGUGCUGACACAGAUGAAUUAUUUGAAUAAGGCACUUGACACAUUCAAUACAGCAAUUGUAUCUCCAAUAUAUUACGUGAUGUUCACAACUCUCACAAUACUUGCGAGCGUCAUAAUGUUCAAGGAUUGGUCUGGUCAAAGCCCUGGAAGCAUCAUUUCUGAAAUUUGUGGCCUGAUUGUGGUGUUGUCUGGUACCAUUUUGUUGCAUGUGACGAAGGAUUAUGAAAGGAUCCCACAAGCAAGAAGUGUUUAUGCACCAUUAUCUCCCUCCUUGACAACUAGAUUAAAUGGAGAAUUGUUGAAGCAUGUUGAGGAUGAGAGGACUAUGGACGAAGAAAAGGCCUUGAGAAGACAAGAGAUGUACUAGCAUCAGAAUCUCAAGGAAGGAUAACUAAUCCCGAUGGAUGCUCGAGCAGGGGGCUUGCGCAAUAGUGAUAACCUUCCCAUAACGAUUGUUGCUUCCUCCAUUAUGGUGUGCUGGUUUGUGUAUAUAAGCGGAUACCUGCAGCAAUUUGUGCAAAUCUAGAGAGGUGGAAGGCUGCAUAGUUCCAGGCUUCAAGCGAAUUAGAAUUAAGUCGGGUGUGUAGAUUCUUGUCAAGUUUCCUUCUCCCCCUUUGUAAUUUUCCCAGUUUUGUCCACGGCAUUUGUUCCUGUGUAGAGUUAGAACGAUGGGGGUGAGCCACGGAGAUUGUAUGCAACUGCACAUGCUGUACGUUAUUAUUGCCUUAGUGAAGUUCUUCCAAUUUGUGAAUGCUGUA